AUUCGAAAGAAUAAUAUUCGCGACAAUAGACUUUUCAAAAUAUUAUUUCAGCUACCAUUUUAGUCUAUGCAAAAUCGUUAACAUACGAAACAACGAAGUUGUUGGACCUGACGCGCGAUUGGCCAUUUAUAUCUUUCGAAUUUGACCAAUCGUCGUGUUCGAUAACCGAAUGUGUUUUUGAUACGAGAAGCGUUCGAAAAAACGAUGCCAAAUGCUCCACUAGUGAUCGCAUGAAAGUCGAAUGCGCAUUCGUCGACGAUUGUAAGAAAGAAUAUAUCGGAUAGGUUGUGAACUAGGAUUAAACGUUAGAAUGGCAGCUGCAUGGGUGUAAUCGCAGACAGCUGCAGUGUCGUCGUAUCGCUUCGCAUUACAUUGUACGGAGGUGCCCGAAGGGAGUACGAAUAAAAAGCGAGCUGUUACACUAUGUCUCACAUAGGACUGGUACAAUUAAUAGAGCGGAUUAUGCUGAAUCGUCGGCCGCGGGAUUUUGUCAUGUAGCCUCCCGCGGACGAAAUAACCACACGCUUGUUUAUACACCAUCGAUGUACCGGAGGAUAUCGAAAGCGUUUGUUGCAAAAGCUCCGGAGUUGGGUCGCAUGAAGUCGAUACCACCGCCGUUACAACAGCAACAACCUUUGUCGUCGCUGUCACCACCGUUGUCGUCUAUUUCCUCAUCUUCGUCGGCGUCGUCGUCGUCGUCGUCGUCGCCGUCGUCGUCGUCGUCGUCGUCGUCGUCGCCGUCGUCGUCGUCGUCGUCGUCGUCGUCGUCGCCGUCGUCGUCGUCGUCGUCGUCGUCCAGUUCGACUGAUUUAGCAAGCCUAUUUGAAUGCCCUGUUUGUUUUGACUAUGUGCUACCACCCAUCUUGCAGUGUCAAAGUGGACACCUCGUUUGUAGUAACUGUCGACCAAAACUUACCUGUUGCCCUACUUGUAGAGGCCCAUUAGGUAAUAUUCGCAAUCUGGCUAUGGAAAAGGUAGCUAGUAAUGUAAUGUUUCCUUGCAAAUACUCUAUUAGUGGGUGCACAGUGUCUUUGGUGCAUACCGAAAAGCCAGAUCACGAGGAUGCGUGUGAAUUCCGUCCAUAUAGUUGUCCUUGCCCAGGUGCAUCGUGUAAGUGGCAGGGAUCUCUUGAACAAGUGAUGCCACAUCUUGUUACGAGUCAUAAAAGCAUUACUACUCUUCAAGGAGAAGACAUAGUUUUUCUGGCAACUGAUAUUAAUCUUCCCGGAGCUGUGGAUUGGGUAAUGAUGCAAUCUUGUUAUGGUCAUCAUUUCAUGUUGGUACUUGAGAAGCAAGAAAAAUAUGACGGGCAUCAACAAUUUUUUGCGAUCGUUCAAUUGAUUGGUUCGAGAAAGCAAGCAGAAAAUUUUGCUUACAGGCUAGAACUAAAUGGACAUAAGAGACGCCUUACGUGGGAAGCUAUGCCACGUUCUAUACAUGAAGGUGUCUCGUCUGCUAUUUUAAAUUCAGAUUGCCUUGUAUUUGACACAUCUGUUGCUAAUUUUUUUGCGGAUAAUGGAAAUCUAGGAAUUAAUGUUACAAUUUCUAUGGCAUGAGGAAAGCCAGAAAAAACAGUUUAAAACCAUUCAGACAUAUCGUGCAGUCUUUAAAUUACACUCCUAAACUGACACGAAAGAUUGCCUGGUAUGCAUACAUAAUUUCUUUCAUGUUACCACAGAUGAAUAUUAGCAAUAUAGAUGUUAGAAAAUAUUGAAAAUGGAUUGACAAAGUGCUACAUUCACACACUUGGUUACAGAACAUCCGUUUACAUAGAAGCUUUAAAGUAUACUUGUAUGUGAUAUUAAUAAUACAUGUGAAUAUAAGAUAAACAACUAUUUGGUUGAAGCAGCUAAAAAAAGCCAAUUUAUAGAAAGUACCUGACAUUCAUUACACGAUGCUUUCUCUUAGUCAUUUCUUAUCAAAUUUUUAUUUAUAUAAUAUUCCCUAGUGAAUUUUAUAUUAAUUUAAAUGUUAAGAGCACUUCACGAAUAUCAUCAUUUAAUACGAUUUACCUAACAAACUUGUCUAUAUCUUUAUAUCUAAUCCAUUUAAACAUAUUUAUCCACCCCCUCCCCUCUCUCUCUCUCUCUCUCUCUCUCUCUCUCUCUGCAUACAUCACGUACUGCUAACGAAAAGUGACGUUAAAUUCUUCCGAGAUAAUCGUUUGUUAGAACUUUAACAGGUUUAUUUUUUGCCUUUUGUAUUAUAUUCAAUUUUCAAUCAACUUUCUUUCCAAAAUUUUCAACUUUUUAUAAACGUUAUCUUGUAUUACUUGAGACAAUUGUAUACAUAUAUUUAGAUUUUAGUGUAUAAAGACAUGGAAAAGUUCAGUCUCACAGGUAUCAUUUUAUAUGCUGUAAGUUAAUUAUAAAAUUGUAAAUUAGACAAUAUUUUCGAACAUGUGUAUAUUGUCCAUGAUAUCAAGCAAGAUAAAUUCACAGGGAAUGAAUAUCUUAUUAAAUAUAUUAUUUGCAGUUUAAAAGAGGAAAAUGUAAAGUUUUGACAAUUUCAUAUAAUCAAAUCAUUUUAUAUGCAGACAUUUUUCCUGAAUGUUGUCAUGCUUGACGAAAAACUCUGUGGUCAUGAAGUGAACCUAGUACUGCAUACAAAAACACGUGUUAUACCACACGUAUAUGUAUAUAUAUGUACAAGUGUGUAGAUAUAUAUAUAUAUGUAUGUUUUAUAUUAUUAAUUAUUGGGAGUCAUAUAUAGUGUCGCGAUUGAUAAAUUUUUGAUUUCUAUGCAUCGUAUGAUUCACACCCUUACGGUAAUGAUAAGAAGGAAAACAUUAUAGCAUGUACCAAUUGAACGACAAUAUAAACAUUGUUCGUUUCUUGGUACAUAAUUAAACUAAAUAAAUUAAAGAAUAAUGUGAAAUCAUAGUCAAAGUAUAAGAAUAAGUUUGGAAAAAUCGAUAAACAUUUUUCAUCGGAAUAGAUUUUGUAAUUAGACAUCGUAAUAAUAUUUAUUCUUUUUCAUUUUCUUUAUUAUUAUAUUAUAUCGUAGUGUGAUGAUGAUUUUUUUUUCCUUUUUUUAAUUAUAUGUAAAAUUUAUGGGAAUCGCAUAAAUCUCAAUUUGAUAUAUAUAUAUAUAUAUAUAUAUAUAUAUAUAUAUAUAUAUAUAUAUAUAUAUAUGUAUAUAUAUAUUAGUGUGAUCAAAUUAAUGGUUUGUUUGAAUUAAACAUCACAUUAUAGAUAAUUAGUUUUAAUCAGUUUGCAAGAAUGGAUAUUAUGAUAAAUUGAGAUUUCAAACGAUAGGAAUCUUUUUGUUUAUAGAGAUAAUCCAGACUGAAAUAUGACUACAAUGUAAAUAUUAGGAUAAGUAAAAUAUAAUCAACAAUUAUAUAUUACUUUAUUGUAAUUUUGGUUUGCAUCUUAAGUGGGUUCGAUAAAAUAUUUCCUAAUUUUGAAAUUCUUCUAGAUCUGUUUGAUUAAACGUAUGAAAGAAAAAAAAUUCUUAUUAGAAUAACAAUUAUUAUUCAUUGAAAUUAAUUAUACAUAAUUUCAUACUCUGUAAUAUAAGACGAUUAAGCAGGAGAAAUGUUCCCAUUGCUCUAUCUGAUUGUGUGUGUGUGCGUGCGUGCGUGCGUGCGUGUGUGCGUAAUUGUUAUAUAUACAUAUAUAUAACAAUUAUAAAUAUUUAAAUUGUAGGUAAAGAAAAAAUGUUACUGUAAAUAAAGUAAAACUUCUUAUGUGAUACAAUAAUUAAUAAUGUAAAUUAUGCUGAUACACAUAUCGACAGUUGAAAAACAAUGCCUCUCACGUUCAGCUUUUAUCGAUUAAAAAUUGAUUUCAAUCCAAAGAAGGCUCGAAAAUUCUACGGAUUGAAAGGAAUGAGUUAAUGGAAGAAAAAUUGUAUAUACGAGGUAAUAUUUUUUAACGGUUGAUAUCUACGAUAUUGCAAAAAACGGGAACCAACUGCACAUUAUGUACACAUACGAGAUUACGUGCAUAUAUGCUUAUAUGGUUAUAUUUACAUUUAUACAUGUACGCAUUAGGUAAGCAGUUAAUUUUAAUAGAGAUAAAGAGGAAAUACACUUUUGGCGGUUAUUCCCAAAAUUGAUAUUGAACUUUCAUGUUAAUUGUUGCUCUGCCAUUGUACAUACAAGGAAAUACUUAUUUUACCUGUAAUAUUUCAAACAAUCGAAAGUAAAAGUUCCAUAACAUAGGAUUGAUAUAAAACGUCUGUCAAUGAAUUAUUGAUCAUUUUGGUAAUAGCACAAAUUGAUAUAAAUAUCAUGUAAAAUUAUUAAUUACACAAUAUUAUUGAUAAAUAUAAGCGUGACGAACGUAAUUCCCUUUCGGUAUGGAUUAAUAAACAUGACGCAUGUACAGAAACAUAACUCGCGUUAAACAAAAAUAUAUUAUUAAGGGAUAUGUAUAUAAAUUAUUAAAAUACGCUUUAGGGCUAAUAAAAUAGCGUUUAAAUUCUUA